AGGCAAACACAAAAAUCUCCACUUUCAUCCAAUGGUUAACAGUGCUACCCUGGCAAUAACACCCUUAGACUUUGUCAAUUUCGCCAGGGCUACAGGGCAUGAGCCCAUAGUAAUUGAUAUGAUAGAGCCAACAUACUGUUAGAACAGAAUUUUGAUGUAUUUAUUAUGAUUAACAUAGCAUUUAUGUGGACAUUCAUUUUUGACUAAAAUUUUCCCAAAAAUGUGGACUGCAUGGUAAUAUGUUCAUAUCAAGGGCUUAGUCAGCGAGCCGUCCGACCAACAAUCAUUUAGGACGGCUUGGCCUACUCAGCUCGGCCUACUGUAUGGUAGUUGGGCCUGGUUUACAUUUAGCAAAUUCUUUAUAUUCCUCAAAUUUAUUAAAUGUUGCAUUAAUCUAAAGGCUCACACUAAAGCAUAUUUACGUUAUUUUUAUACCGACAUUCGGUGGGGAUUCCAAAAAAGUUA